GACAGUCUCUCAUCAAGGAGCCCUGUCUCAGCAUAUGAGUAUCAAUACCGUGGAGAGGCCCUAUGGAUGUCAUGAAUGUGGAAAAACUUUCAGUCGGCGCUUUUCCCUUGUGUUACACCAGAGAACUCAUACUGGAGAGAAACCAUACGUAUGUAAGGAAUGUGGCAAAACCUUUAGCCAGAUCUCAAACCUUGUGAAACAUCAGAUGAUACAUACUGGAAAGAAACCCCAUGAGUGUAAGGACUGUAAUAAAACAUUCAGUUACCUCUCAUUCCUUAUUGAACACCAGAGAACACAUACUGGGGAGAAACCUUAUGAAUGUACUGAAUGUGGAAAGGCCUUUAGCCGUGCCUCAAACCUCACGCGACAUCAGAGAAUUCACAUAGGAAAGAAACAGUAUAUUUGUAGGAAAUGUGGGAAAGCCUUUAGCAGUGGCUCAGAACUUAUUCGUCACCAGAUUACACAUACUGGAGAGAAACCUUAUGAAUGCAUUGAAUGUGGGAAGGCAUUUCGCCGUUCUUCACACCUUACUCGGCAUCAGAGCAUCCAUACUACCAAAACCCCCUACGAAUGUAAUGAAUGUAGGAAAGCCUUCCGUUGCCACUCAUUCCUCAUUAAACACCAGAGAAUUCAUGCUGGAGAAAAGCUCUAUGAGUGUGAUGAAUGUGGUAAGGUUUUCACAUGGCAUGCAUCCCUUAUGCAACAUAUGAAAAUUCAUACUGGAGAAAAGCCCUAUGCAUGUACUGAAUGUGAUAAAACCUUUAGUCGGAGCUUUUCCCUCAUUCUACAUCAGAUAACUCACACUGGGGAGAAACCCUAUGUAUGUAAGGUAUGCAAUAAGUCCUUCAGCUGGAGCUCAAACCUUGCCAAACAUCAGAGAACACACACCCUAGAGAACCCCUAUGAAUAUGAAAAUUCGUUUAGUUAUCACUCAUUCCUUACUGAGCACAAAGGAAUUCGCACCACAGAGAAAACCUAACAACAUAUGGAUAAAAAAACAAAACAAAACAGUUAAUGCCUUACUUUGGACUCCUGGAAAGAAGCCUUAAGUGAGUAUGUUGAAUGUGAAGAAGGUGGGUCAUACUUGAUUCAAUAUCCGGAAAAUAAUAACCCAGGAAUAUGAUGGGAAGCCAUUAGUAGCUGCACAUUCUUUUUGUUACAUCAGAAGAUGAAAUCAGUGCUGAGAAGACUUCAUCCGGUAGGGUUCUCUCACUUGACGUUUGUAAAUUCCCACCAGGGAAGGACACGCGGCCGAUAAAUGUGAGAAAGCUUUUAUUUAGAAAUUGGCCCCAAUUCUGCAUCUGUCAGCUCAAACAGGACAGAGUGUGUGGGCAAGAGUGCACUUUUUCGUGGACAUCAGAAAAUUCCUAAUGAAACAAAGUCAUGCAACUGCAGUGAUUUGGCAAUGUCCUUGUGUACCAUGCAAUAUUUAUUAAGUUUGAAAAUACUCUUCUAAAGAGAAAAAGCAAUUUAUAAAUGAACUGAAUAGAGGGUUUUCUGCUUUA